GCCUUUUUGGUGGAGUCGCUUUGGUUUGUUCGAAGAAGUUUCUGGGAGAGUUCUCGUUGAUGUAACGCAUCGGAGGAUGAUAGUGAACAGAUCGACUGGACUGUUGCUUUUUUACCGUGUCUUGGUGCGGGACGAGAUCAAUAGAUGUCAGUAACGGAGUCCAAGAGAAAGACGCGGUUGACUGCAGUCAAAAGUUUUGUUUUUCCUAGAUCUAGUCCCGAUUUGCCACUCUCACGAUUCAAGAAAGUGUUCUCCGACAGAAGUGGCACCAGCUAAACCUUUUUAGAGUGGAAGAGGAGUGAGUAGCCGAUGGAAGGAAGAUCGAGCAGUUGAAGAAUUACAAUUUGUCUUUUUCCCCUUCCGAACUACUUGGUACAGAGAAGGAUCUGGAAAGUGUGUUGAUGAAUCAAUGCAUUAUUUUUCUUCAUUUUUAGUUUAGCCACUGCGGAGCAGAUCUAGGAUAUCUUCGCUCUUGCCUAGAGUGUUAAUAAAUGCAGACUAACAAAGAGAUUCAGAUUGGCCUUGCUGAUCUGCAUGCUGACGAGCCUAUAUCGGGUAUACCAAUCAAGAAAAGGCUAUUUCAUAUGUCACAGUCUUCAUCUUCUACAUGCCAAAAUACGCCCACAGUGCCAAAAAAUUCAAGUGAGCAACCGAGGAAGCUCUUACUAAAAUCAGAAUGUUCUGUUUCAGAGAACUCUGCUGGUGUGAAACUAGACAGUAAUGUAAGUCCUGAUGACUUGUUAGAGUCUUCCAUCAGACUGACUGGUUUACAUGGAUUUCCUUCCCAGGUUAAUCAAAAAAUAGGGCUCAAGAAAGGCACCACUGGAAGUGGAGAAUCAAGUAUGCAUGACGAGCAGGAUGUAGACAUAAGGGCAUCAAUAGGCUUUGGUAUAGAGAAAGGGAAGAAUUCAUCAGUGGAAUUUGAAUCUGAGAUGCUCAAAGGUAAAGAAGCUGUUGGGAAGAUAAUUGCUUCAAGUGAUGUAUCUUCAUCUGAAGAAUUUGAAACGUCAGGUUUGUAUCUAUCAUCAUGUCAGGAUAUGCAAUGUAGCCUGAACUUGUCAAAGAAAGUGAUAAAUGAAACGUGUCCAUUGGAUCUCCCUGGGGCCAAUAAGCCGGAACAUCAUCAAACCAGUUGCAACGAUUUGGAAUCACAAUGUGCUUCUAAUCUUUACUCGAGUAGAAAAAAGUGGGAUUUGAAUUUUCCAAUGGAAGUGUGGGAUACCAAUUUGAAUAAUUUAGCUAUUAAUCAUGGGAUGAACAAUGAGUUAAAGCUGAAGGACUUGCAUCAACCAAACGAUGACAAAAUUCCCAUCCAAAAUACUCAAGUGAUUGCAAACAAUUUUGGAUUACGAUUAUCAAUGGUUGAGUUGCAUCAACGCAACAUGAAGUUUACCAAUUUGGAAAUGCCUGUGGAUGGAGCUACAGACUAUGUAGAUGGUUUAGAUUUGCAACUUCGGCUACCUAGCAGACCAAAGUUGUGUGACAAGUUAGGAGUAUCUCCUCUUGAUCUAAGUUUGUCCUUGACAGGUAAUCUUUCAGAUGCUUCUUUUACAACUGUGAAGCCUGAACCAUGUGUGAACCAUAAUCAGAAAGACACCAAAAGACAUCAAUUUAGUAGUUUAAACUCAGGUGUUAUUGCACAAGUGAAAUCUGAACCAUGUGAUGGAAGUUUCCAUGUAACUUCUCAGAUUGAGGACCCAUCACUAGAUAAAGAGGUCAAACAUGAACUGCCUGAAGAAUUUCAGGUGAAGUCUCCAAAUUUGGUCUUAGGUAAUCACCCGUUAGCCUCUUUGACACGACUACCAACAGCUUUGGAUUCUAAUUCUUUGUGUCAUGCAAAUAUUCUUUAUCAACCUAAUCCAACUUUGCUUAGUGUUGCAAACACAAGCUUGGAUGAAAGAACUUGUCAAGACUUAAAUCCUUCUACAAUAUCAGAUUCUAUGAUAUUUUCUAAAGUUGAUGACAGCUGCAUUAACCAAGAUGCAAAAGGAAGUUCUAGCAAACCAUUGGCUAAUGUUGAGCCCAUCCUUUCUUAUGUGAAAGGAUGUACUGCAGAAGAUAGAGUAAUUUGA